GACGGUAGUGGAAAACACAUUUUGGAGGAGUCUCUUCUGCAGCCUUCAACAGGAAUGAACUCCCUCUCAAGCCUUGUGCAUCUUUUACUCUGACAUCUGAUCGUCCGUUGAAGCCGGGGUCAUUUUUGGUUCAUCUCCUGUAGGACUUCUCUCUCGCAUUUUCUCACCGCUCACUUUGUUAAAUCAAACAGAGUAUAUAUAUUUUUUUAAAAGAUGACUUGGACGGCGAACAGUUGUUUUGUCACUCUGGCCAUCCUGUUUCUGUGGCGGGUGGAAGAAAUUGCAGAAGCCUGCAGCUGCUCCCCAGCGCAUCCUCAGCAGGCGUUUUGCAGCUCAGAUGUCGUUAUCAGGGCGAAGUUAGUGGGAGAGCAGGAGGUUGAGGUCGGCAACGACAUCUACGGAAACCCCAUCAAGAGGAUCAAGUAUGAGAUCAAACAAAUCAAGAUGUUCAAAGGACCCGGCCAGGAUAUCGAUGCCAUCUACACCGCUCCCACCUCUGCCGUGUGCGGAGUGACUCUGGAGACCAACGGCAAGGAGUAUCUCAUCGCAGGCAAACUGGAGGCCGACGGGACGAUGCAUGUCACGCUGUGUGACUUCAUUCUGCCCUGGGACGACACAAGUGCCACCCAGAGGAAGAGCCUGACUCAGCGCUAUGAAAUGGGCUGUGAUUGCAAGAUCACACGCUGCACCUCCAUCCCCUGCAUGAUCACCAGCCCGGCAGAGUGCCUGUGGUUGGACUGGGUGAUGGAGAAGUCAGUCAACGGACAGCAAGCCAAACACUAUGCUUGUAUCAAGAGGAGCGACGACUCAUGCGCCUGGUACAGAGGGUCAGCACCACCCAAAAGGGAUUUCCUGGACAUCGAAGACCCCUAACUCCACCACUGUCCGAUAGUCCGCGGUUGAAAUAUACUGAAAUAUAAACACCAAAAACAAGAGAAGUCAAAUUUUUAUUUUGUUUUGUUUUCCUAUUAAGAGAGCCAUAAGCCGUGCGCUCUGUGGUGAGGUUUAUUUCCAGGACUCAUCAUGUUUUUUUAAUCAACAGUCUUACGAAUUCAGCACUUUCAGACACGUGUAAGCCCUAAAAUCCAAAGCACUUCCUCAUAAACCACUUCUCCCUCAGCUGAAAUAAAGGGAUGAUCAUCACAAUUCAUCAUUAACGGUCACAGCAGUUUCUUUUUCUCACGCUGUUCAUUUGUUUUAAUUUGAAUUUCAACAGAAGGUAUUGUUUAAAGAGGACUAUCAUUCUGUAAUGUAAUGCAACAUGCCUAAUACUCAGAGUGUAACUAUUCUGUGAAUCUGUGUGUUAACUGGCCACCAGCCUUUUUUCCUGUCCCGCCUCAGAUUCUUUCUGAGGCGGGACCCGCGAAACUUAUUUCCUCUGUUUUUCUUCUAAGGUGUGGCAAAAAACGUUUUUUUUUUUUUAGUAUGCAAAAUUAGUGCUUUUGCUAAUUGUUUCCUUGAAAUAAUCCUAAAUAGACAAGAAUGCACUUUGAACUCAAUUGUCACGACAGUCAUAUUGUCUCGAAUGAAAAAAUGUCUGAAGAAGAGGAUUGAAUCCUCCAUUUUGUAUUUUGUAUUUUUUAUCUAACAGCUCCUCUCUUUGUAAUGCUUUAGUGUAAGAGCAUAUUUUAUUUAAGGAUGUUAUAAUUCAUCAUACUUAUUGAGAAAAAAAAUGCCACAUUUUGACACUUUUCUGGGAUUAAUUACACCUUUGACAUGAAAAAAGACCAAAUAUUUUUGACAGAAUUAGCAAAAUACACACAUUUUAUGUGCAUUAAAGGUCCCUUUGGAGGCCUAAUUGUUGACUGUCUGGCUGGCUCAUCCUUUAGGACAGUGAAUUAAAGAACAUAUCGUAACCAAUCGUCUAUUUACUUGCAGAGCCUUUGAAAUGACCAUGAAAGUGUUGAGCAAAUGUCAUGUGACUUUUAAUAAUUAAUAUGAGAGUGUAAAGAGAUUUUUUCAUUUUGAAGCUGUAGUCAAGUUUGAUGUCUUGUGCUGGUUUCACAUGAGACAUUUGAGAUGAUUUUUGCAUGCGUUUCUAACUGAUACAAUACUGUACAUUUGACUAUUAUAUUAAAUGCCAAACCGUG